AGGCUCGAGGGUUUGGGAUGGAAGUACAUUUGAUGCCUCAAAUCAUUUACAAGACAAGAAACCAAUUGCCGAGCCGACAUUAUUGAUGACAAGAUUCGAUGGGAACACUCCGGUGCUCGUUGAGGCACUUGGAGGAAAUCAAUUCUACCUUCCUCAUGGUGUCUUUGUCGAUGUUGAUGGCUACAUAUAUACAACGGAUGUUGGAGCGCAUACGGUCACAAAAUGGAAGAAAAACGGAAAAAAACUCGAUCUUGUUUGGCGUUUUGGAGAGGAAUUUGUACCGGGCAGCGAUCAUGGACAUCUUUGUAAACCGACUGGAGUGACGAAGAAUGGAGAUCGCAUCUUCAUCUCUGAUGGUUACUGCAACGCGCGAGUGGUCGAGCUGACAGCUGACGGGAAAUACAAGGCUCAAUUCGGCGCUCGGGUACAGGCGAAGGGCAAUUCCAGCUACCGCACGAUCUUGUCCUUUCACCGAAGAAAACCCUUCUUGUCGCUGAUCGACAAAACGGAAGAGUACAGGAACUCAACAUGGAAGGCCUUGUUCAAUCAAGUCUCCCCCGACGGGAAUCACAUCUUCAUCGGUGACAUCAGCGAGAAAGGCGCCACUUUGUGGAAGUUUCGGAUUCAACACGAUUCUUCAACAGAAAGUCAUACAUUGUCUGGAGCAACCUACUACGAGAAAGCGUCGGCAGCAUAUGGGGCGAUCAAGAAUAAAGCCUCAACAGCUCCACUCACAUUGACGUUUUUCUUGCUUCUCGGAGUAGUUGCUGGUGGGAUUUACGUGUGGAUGAAGAAAGGUCGACGGAGAGCAAAUCCGCAAAAUGCGUUUGAUCGAAAGGGCUUCAAACGUCUCAAAUCCGAGAGGACACGUAGUAGUUUUCUUCACAAGGGA